GAAUGUAAUUCGAAUCUAGCCGACCUGUUCGCAAGGUCUAAUUUAGAGAAGCUUUCAGAGCUCGGCUUCUCUUUCUUUUUUCAUUGAGGCAAUCGAAGGUCACUACAGUGAACGCGGCUUCAGUGAUGCCAUGACACUCCUCUAGGUCCCAAAUCCUCUGAUGAAUCUUCUGGUUCAGAUUUUUUGCAUAUCCAAAUGAACAGAGAAAAGAAAAGAUGCAAGACGCGGCGGAUGCACUAGAAUAAACAACAGCAGCCUUCUUCGUUCUCCCUUUCUGGAUGCACGGCCUCGUACUAACUGUGUUAUGCAAAUUUUUCUGUUAUUCCAGCUGCGCCCUUGGGCUAUUGAGUUUUUCUUAUUUAUUUGGUAAAAUGUUGUUCUUUUGCUUCCCUUCUUUUUGUUUUUUUUUUUUGGGUGUGAUUUCAGAACUGCUUUGCUUUAUUAGAUAACCCCUUUAGCUGCUUUGAUGUAUUAUUGAGUAAUUUUUAUCUUUUGGUAUGCUAAUAACAACAGGUGAGUUAUUUAGCAAUUUAUUUGCUGUAAAAUUUCAUCAGAUAGUGUGUUUUUGGGUAAAAUUUCAUCCUUGCCAACUCACUGGUUGGCUACUCUUUUUGAUGAUCCAGGAUUGUUUCAAGUACUUAGAUUGAACAUUAUUUAUUAAAACAGAGCAUUUGGAUAUCUUGGUGUGUUGGACUAGCUUAGUUGAAGCACUGCAAAAAGUGAAAAAAACUAACUGAAUCAUUGGGUUUUUGAUUUUCUUAUUUCCUAUUUUGCUCCUUAAUCAGCUUCCUCCUUGAUGGUUUUGAUCCUCUCGCUUGGUUGAUUCUUUCUCACUGGCCAACACCGACGUACCUGAUGUGCACUGAAAAAAUGUGCACAAUUGGAUUUUGUGGUAUGUUUCUAUUUUGUUAUUGGAGGGAUGUUAUGUUGCAUGGCCCAACGGAAAUUCAAAUCAUUUCACAGGUAUAUUCUCUUCUCUCUUCUUUAUUUUCUUUUCUCUCUAAUAGUGUUUUCCUAAUAUUUUUAGUUUGCCUUUGCAGAAUCCUUGUUUUUUCUGUUCUCUGUUCCCUAUUUUUUUUUUUUUGUUUCAGUGCUAACUCAAAUCCCUACUGCUAAAGUGACUAUUGCCAUUUCUGUGAAUCAGAUUCAAGAUUGAGCCUUCCUUUUCCCCCUAAUUUUUGGUCUCACACGUAUUGAAUUAGAUAGUUCAAAAAUACAUAAUAUAUGAUCCUAUGAAUU